GGCAGGAAAACGCUGAGUCAUCAGCAGUUCUAAUCAACUUAUGAAAAAUGCAUAUCUAAUAAAGCAUCUAUGUGAUCAGUGUGGAGAGUUCAUCUGACAAUCAGCUGCAUAAUUUGUUAAUUGUUUGAGAAGUUGUUGGCUUGCUUUUGGUUAAUCGUUUGACGUGCGCAUAUAAAUAACGUUGUAAACUAAAGACCCACGCUUAUCAGCAAUUAUUUUAUAAUGCUUAUGCGCUCUGUCUCCGCUGAUAAGCCACCUUCUCGAGAGGGCCCCUUUUAACGCCGGCAUUCGUCUGGGCCAGCACUCACAGUGACAACCGCGAGUGUUGCGGACGGUUGAUGCGUUGCUCUACAAUCCAGCUGACUAUUAGCAUAUAUCAUCUCACAUCAUAUCAUUUGCAUGCGAAAUGUGUCGAGCGUAAAAGAACUAAAUACUAUCAAAUGAGCUGUGAUUGAGCCCAUGGCAAACCCGAGCUAACCCGAGCCUAGGCAAUUUGAUUUUCAACUGCAAUUAGACAGAUCUUAUCGCAACAAGUUCUACUCAGUUUCCUUUAGUGUACGCGUCCAUAAAGUUAAUUAGUGCUCAAGAGUGUGUAAACAAACCGCAUCGAUUGUGAAAUCUUUCCAUCAAUUGGUUAUAAAACGUGCAGAGGCAAUUGUCGAAAGUUCUUUAAGCAAAAGUUAGCAGCGAGCACACAAAUAGAAAUAGAAAUACAAAUACAACACAAUGAAAGAUAAACUGGAGGAGGUGGUAGCCAACAGUAGAAAGUUAUCUACGGCAGCGGGCAGCUUCAGUGAAAUGGACUUGGAUGAGUCCGAGUUGAACGAUCCGUUCCAGGCGCUCAUGGAGAAGGCGGGCAACCAUGGUCGCUAUCAGACGCUCUACAAUUAUGUGUUUGUCGCUGGCCUGGCGUUCGCUGGCGCCAUGGUCUACAUGAACAUCAUCCUGGCCCUCAACAUACCCGAUCACUGGUGCACGGUGCCCGGCCGGGAGCGCACCAAUCUCACAAUGAAUCAGUGGCGCGAUUUGACAUUGCCCAAGCAGACAGACAAUCGAGGCAAGGAGACGCACAGCACCUGUGAAAUGUACGAUGCCAACUUUACAGAACUAACCGAUUUCUCGGCCUGGAGCAGCAGCCGCAGCAAGAAUCAGACUACAGCUUGCCAGCACGGCUGGACCUACGACCAGACCUGGUAUGACAGCACAAUACCCACGGACCAGGACUGGGUCUGCGCCAAGGAUUUGUUCGUAACAAAUGUGUUCGUUGUCGGUCGCGUCACUGAGGUGGUCGGCUCAUUUAUAUUUGGACAAAUGGGCGAUUCCUUUGGUCGCAGCGUGGUCUACUACAUUAGCGUCGUCUUCUGCUCGGUGGGCCGCCUGGGGUCUGUACUGUGCACGUCCUCCUACACAUGGUUCCUCAUCAUGUCCGGCAUUGUGGGCCUCACCGUCAACAGUCUGUUUCAAUCGCCGCAAAUUAUUGGCAUGGAAAUCUCCCGAGAGGAGGAUCGCAGUCGCAUCGCCUUCUUCCAGAGCGUGGGCUGGUCCGUGGGCACGACGCUGAUGCCGCUGCUGUACUGGUGGCUGCGCCACUGGGAAUCCUUUAUGUGGCUGACAUCCGUGCCCACAGCAACGGUUCUACUUUUCUCCAAAUAUGUCAUCGAAUCGCCGCGCUGGUUGAUUAGCAAGCGACGCUUCCGCGAGGCCAUUGUUCAGUUCAAGAAGAUUGCCAAAAUUAAUGGACGCACAUUCGAUGUGACCGAGAAGGAACUGACCGAAAUCUAUAGCCUGGACAAGCACGAGGUUACCUAUGGCAUGGCCUCGCUGUUCGCCGGCUGGCGCCUGGCCCGCAACACCACAAUCAUGGGCUUUAGCUGGUGUGUUGUUGCCGUUUCCUACUUCACAUUGGUGCUCUUCAGCUCGCGCAUGGCGGGCAAUCCGUUUUUGAACUUUUUGUACCAGAGCAUUGUGGAAAUACCCGCGUACAUGGUGGGCAAGUACAUGGGCGACAAAUAUGGACGCCGCUUCACCAACUCGGUAUCCUUUCUCAUCUCGUUCUUCACCUGCCUGCCCAUCAUUGCCUAUGCGACGGAUGAGCGAUUCGAGUGGCUGAUGAUCUACCUGGCCACCUUCAUCAAGUUCCUCAACGCGCUCACCUUUUUCACGGCCAAUCUGCAGUGCCUGGAGAUCUACCCCACGUGCAUGCGACAGACGGGCAUUGCCCUGGGCACCAUUUUGGCGAAUGCGAUCGGAGUGCUCGCACCGUACCUGGUGUACCUGGGGACGACGGUGAAUAUACGCGCGCCGUACUAUAUACUGGGCACCCUGUUUCUGCUGGGCGGAAUCGGAGCCCUGUUCCUGCCCGAGACGCUGCACAAGAAGCUGCCAGACACUAUCGAGGAGGCAAAGAACUUUGGCAGGCACGAUAAAUUCUUCAGUCUGCCAAAAGCGCCGCCGGCGCUCAACAAGAAGACAGCUACCGAGCCGGAGCUAACCAAGCUGAAUCAGCCUUCAUUUGCGCCAUGAAUCAGCAGCUAUAGCUAAAGCCGAAUCUGAAGUCGAGCCAGGAGCUGAGGCAGAAAGGCAAUUGAUUUGCUUGGCCCGUUGUGAUGUUACAUUAAGUACGC